UCUCUCUCUCUCUCUCAAUCAAACUUCGAAGGAACCGCCAAACCCUCCACAUGAAAACCCUACACUUGGUGACCUACCACCCUUCUUAUAUUACUUCUUGAAUUACUUCUUCCUCUUCACUCUUCUCUCUUCUCUCCUCUCUUUUUCUCUCAUUGACAGUCUCUGCAUUUGUUUAUACUUUCUUUUACUGGGCACGGGUUAUCUCCAAUUUUGUGAAAGGAAAAUCUCUGUAAGCCUGUGGUUUCUGGGUUUUUCAGUUCUUCUCUUCAGUAUUCGAUAUGGAGCUACUAUCCUUCAUGGGUGUUUGAAUUUUUCUUUUUUUUUUUCUUGCUCUUAUCUUCUUCUUUUGUUUUUUUCUUUGGGUUUCUGGAAUAUUAUUGGAGAAACGGAAGAAGAGAGAGCUUCUGCUUUGAUACUAACAUGGGAAGUAUCGGAAAUGGAUAAGAUCAUCAGCAAUGGCUCCGGCGAGUACUUGGAUUUCUUUCUCUCUUCCUCAGCUCAUGCCCUUCGAUAGCUCCACCGACUCUACUCAGAAUCACUACUACUUUGAUGCCUUCGAUGCAAAUGAAUGGCCAAACCUAAAGUCUCAAUAUACAGAAGAGACCAACGAUGUGAAAGAAAUCAAAGUGGCUACUAGUUUUUCUGGUUCCUUCCCUGUCCCAGCUGCGAACUUCAACCAUCACAUCCAACAUCAAACAGUACCAAAGCUCGAAGACUUCCUCGGCGGCGGCCAUGACCAUGGCCACGGCCACCAUUCCUCAUCGCUGAGUCUCUUGGGCGACCAGGAACCUAUUAAGAACUUUGCUGUUGUACCAGCCAGGUUUCAAGCCUACUCUGGUUCUAAUUCCGGGGGAUCAGAAGUUAUAGAGGAUUCUGUCUCGGUGAAUGGAACCCAUUUCGCAUGUGGCGAUUUUCAAGGUAACUCAAAUCUUGAUAGGGGUAACCACGACUUGUUCUUCUCAGAAAGCCCACAGGCUUUGUCGCUGGCGGUCAGCCAGAGCUCUGCCGCCGAGAAAGUCGUCGUUCCGGCCGAUUCAGAAUCGUUGAAGAAGAUGAGCGAUACGUUUGGACAGAGGACUUCGGUUUAUAGAGGCGUCACAAAGCACAGGUGGACGGGAAGAUAUGAAGCACAUCUCUGGGAUAAUAGCUGUAAAAGAGAAGGGCAAAGCAGGAAAGGUCGUCAAGUGUACUUGGGUGGGUAUGAUAAGGAGGAGAAAGCAGCUAGGGCUUAUGAUCUUGCUGCCCUGAAGUACUGGGGUCCCACUGCCACCACCAAUCUCCCUGUUUCCAACUAUACCAAAGAAUUGGAAGAGAUGAAGAACAUGACUAGACAAGAGUUCAUUGCAUCCCUCAGAAGAAAAAGCAGUGGUUUCUCAAGGGGAGCUUCCAUUUACAGAGGUGUCACAAGGCAUCAUCAACAGGGCAGAUGGCAAGCCAGGAUAGGCCGAGUAGCAGGCAACAAAGAUCUCUACCUGGGCACCUUUGGAACAGAAGAGGAAGCAGCAGAAGCAUAUGAUAUAGCAGCCAUAAAGUUCCGAGGAGUGAAUGCGGUGACCAACUUUGAGAUGAACAGAUAUGAUGUGGAUGCCAUUGCAAACAGCGCUCUUCCUGUUGGUGGCGCUGCCAAACGCCUUAAGCUCUCCCUCGAGGCCUCAGCUUCACGUGAGGAAACCAUAUUGGAGAUUGAGCAUUGUAGAGAUGGAGAUGGAGAUAGAGAUAGAGAUAGUGAUAGAGAUGGAGAACCCCAACCUAGCAGCAAUAGCAACAGCAGCUGCGUCCACAAUCCCAUCUCCUGUGGACUCCCUUUUGACACUCUAUCCCCUACCCAUCAGUACUACCAACUACUUCAAUCUAACAACGGCAGCUUUUCCAGCUUACCGCCUAACUUCAUUCCUCCUUCCACAGCCAUGUACCUGCCGGCGGUUGCGGCAUCAGAGUUCUAUGGCCGGAGUUUCUUGUAUGGACUCACUACUCCGACCAAUAUUAACUAUCAGUAGCAAUGUAAAGUGGCAUCCACACCAUCUAUUUUGACCUCUCAGUCUGGCAUUUCUAGUCCCAAACCCCCUCUUUCUCCCUCGUCACAUGAAGAUGGGUUGUGAGUCCUGACAUCAAUCUAGCUAACACAUGUAAGUUGGGAAACAAAGUAUUUUGUUCAGACUUUCAGAUGGUGAUGAAAUGUAAAUGGGUGUGAGAUGGGGCGUCUCAACCCUCCUUUUUUUUUCUAAUUUCUCGUUCCAUGAGGAGGAUUGUAGGCUUUUCUGCGGAUCCGUAUAUUUUGUUUUCUGGACUUUGUUAUACUGGUGUUGUCGUUUAUUUACCAAUCAAAAGAUGGGAGGUGCAUGAUCC